AUGGCUACUGCAACACCAUCCAUCACCAGCGUCCUGCUCUUUAACACGGAUGAGCAGACUAUUGUAGCCGAUGUUCUUGGCGCCGAUGCCACUGCAACCACAUUCCUUCUCAACUGUCCUCCAGGAACCGACUCGGACGAAUGUGGCACCUACAAUGAGACCGUGGUGGUUGGACCCUGGGCCAAGCCUACGCCGCCCCCUGAUGCGUCCACGGGUGUAUAUGACUUGGAGGUCAACAUGGGCACCGAGUGGUUCUUUCACCUGCACUGCGACAUGAGCGAGACUGUCCCCGUCGCCUGCACCACCACCAAUCUCGGUGGCAACGACGACGGUACGCCCACGGCCACUGUUACUUUUGCUUCGAGCGACUAUAGCGACCUUUCAUUUGACUGGACCCCCGUCACCAUCACCGCGGGUCUGGAAAUGCUGGCCAGCGCCACCGGUACCGGUUCCGCGGCGAGCUCGGUCUCCAGCGCUACCAGCACUGGCGGCUCCGUCGCCGUCACUCAGACUGGUACUGCUGCCACCGCGUCCGCCACCAACGCAGCCAUGUUGGGCCGUGGAGAGCCAUUUGCAGCCGGAAGUUUGGCCCUGGCUGGACUGGCGCUUGGCUGGCUGCUGCGGUAG